CGUCGCUCCUCUCUGCUCACCUCUCCACCACUCCCCCGCCACCCAGACCGCGAUGGCGGCGCCGCUCGCCCCCCUCACCGCCGCCCGCCUCGGACGCGGCCUCGGCCAGCGCCACCGGGUGCUCCUCCUAGCCUCCGUCCGCCACUACGGCGCUCUCCCUGCUCCCCUUUCCGUUCUCGCCCCGCGGCGCCGGCCACCUCACCCGCCUCCUCGCCACCUCACCCGCUCCCUCGCCGCCGCCACGGUCGUCUCUGAGCCCCAGGCAGACUUAGAGUCUGUUCCAGCGACAGUAAGCAAGGGGCGCAUCUACCAUGAGACAUACGGGUGCCAAAUGAAUGUAAACGAUAUGGAGAUUGUGCUUUCGAUCAUGAAAAAAGAAGGGUACAAUGACAUUGUUCCUGACCCCGAAAGUGCAGAGAUAAUAUUUAUCAACACCUGUGCAAUCCGUGAGAAUGCAGAGCAGAAGGUUUGGCAGCGGCUUAACUACUUUUGGUUCCUGAAAAGGCAAUGGAAAGCUAAUGUUGCUGGAGGGAGAUCAAAAUCUCUGCGUCCACCCAAGAUUGCUGUUCUUGGGUGCAUGGCAGAGCGGUUGAAGGAGAAAAUACUUGAUUCAGAUAAGAUGGUUGAUGUUGUCUGUGGACCGGAUGCGUACAGGGACUUGCCUAGGUUGCUCCAGGAAGUCGAUUAUGGGCAGAAGGGUAUAAACACACUCCUCUCACUUGAGGAGACUUAUGCUGACAUCACCCCAGUGAGGAUUUCCGACAAUUCGGUUACCGCGUUCGUUUCAAUUAUGAGGGGUUGUAAUAAUAUGUGCUCGUUUUGCAUUGUUCCCUUUACUAGGGGCAGGGAGAGGUCGCGCCCAGUAUCGUCUGUUGUCCGAGAAGUUGGUGAGCUCUGGGAUGCAGGUGUUAAAGAAGUAAUGCUUCUUGGUCAGAAUGUAAACAGUUAUAAUGACACUUCUGAAGUUGAGGAGUUGGAGCCUGGUAAAAACUGGCAGCUCAGCGAAGGAUUUUCCAGCAGGUGCAAGGUGAAGGAUAUGGGGUCGCGUUUUGCUGAUCUCCUGGAUCAGCUGUCUCUGGAAUACCCUGAGAUGCGGUUCAGGUUUACCUCUCCACAUCCAAAGGAUUUCCCUGAUGAGUUGCUAUAUUUGAUGCGGGAUAGGCACAACAUCUGCAAACAAAUUCACUUGCCAGCACAAUCAGGCAGCACAGAGGUACUGGAACGAAUGAAGCGGGGUUACACUCGAGAAGCAUAUUUGGAGCUUGUGCAAAAAAUUCGUAAUGUCAUUCCAGAUGUUGGGCUCAGCAGUGAUUUCAUAAGUGGCUUUUGUGGAGAGACAGAAGAUGACCAUGCCGACACUCUUAGCCUUGUAAGGGCUGUUGGAUAUGAUAUGGCUUACAUGUUUUCAUAUAGCAUGAGAGAGAAGACCCAUGCUCACCGGAAUUAUGAGGAUGAUGUCCCGGCUGAUGUUAAACAGAGGAGACUUACAGAGCUAAUCAACACCUUCCGUGAAACCACAAGAAAGAUCUAUGACUCUCAGGUUGGCACAACACAACUUGUUCUAGUCGAAGGCCCCAAUAAGCGAGCUCCUGAAACAGAGCUGUUUGGAAAAACAGAUAGGGGGCACAAGGUCUCGUUUACCAGUCUCCCUGUACCGCACACAUCUGAAGGUGACGGUGCUCGUAAGCCAGUGGUUGGUGACCUUGUUGAGGUAAAAAUUCUCAGGUCAUCGACAGCAUCAUUAUCUGGAGAGCCAAUUGCGCGCACAAGCUUGGGCAUGUACUGCAAGAAUCAUGCAUCCGAUGCAUCUGCUGUUGCUGCCUAAGGAGUAGUCAAGUUCAUGGCAUUCCUCACCUGAACUGAAACCAGAGAACCCUGCGCAAUGUUUCACUUGAAAUGACUGCAAUUGGGAUCAUACGGUGCAAUUUAACUUAGUGUGGACAUCUUUUCUUUUGCGGAGGAAAUAUUUGAUUUGUCUAGUUUUGGGUGGAAAGGUAGUGUCGUGUUAUGCUGCGAGCAGCUGAAAUGAAAAUAAUUGUCCACCUAUACUAAUCAUUCCAUGGUGCGUCUGUGGAUGAUCGGUAACCAUUGAGUCAUGCAAUGGAGGCGGCAAACUAAACAAUUGUACAUCUUUCAAUAACAACAAUCUUAAUAUUACUAGAAGUUGUAUGUCA